AUGACAGCUUGUCCAAAGAAAUCGAAACUAGCCAGCGUGCUAAUGGCUUGCAGUAAAGUUAAAACCAUUGUGUACAUGGAUUUAUUUUCACGUUUUACUGUCUUUGACAUAAAAGCUGCCUAAGCUAUAGUGUUCUUCAUGCAAUAACACGUAACAUGGCGCGAGUAACUGCUGGUCAGGAGUAUGACACACUUGCUGAGUGCAACUACUGCUUCCCUAAUGAGGUCCUGGCUGACAUUGAGAGCGCCAUAACAACUUACACAGAUCUUAAUCUACAUGUUGAUUUUUACAGUUACCCUAAUAAUGAGAAGAAGAAGUUAGUUUACUUGGGUGGCACUAUACCUGUUGUCUAUGAAGGCAACACAUACAACAUCCCUGUUCGUAUAUGGAUCCAUGAGACGCAUCCCCAGAGUCCCCCCAAGUGCUGUGUGUGGCCCUCCGUCUUCAUGGUGAUCAACACUAAGAGCAGUUUUGUGGAUGCGAGCGGCCACGUGCAUCUUCACUGUCUGAACAACUGGAAAAUAGGCUGGUCCAGUCUGUCCAUAGUGCUGGAGGAGAUGAGGGCUGCAUUCCAAAGGGAAACUCCACUGUUCACAGCGUACCCGGUGAAGUCUGUGACCCUGUCAACGCCUGCUCUGGCCCCACUCACUGGGUCGGCUGAUGGUCAUGCCUCUUCCUCUGUUGGCCAUACUCAAACAGUACAGCUUCACCACCAAACCCAAGUGAGCCACACAGGAGCUCCUCUGCAUCUGUAUUGCAGCCUAAUAGCAACAGUGACUCUGCCCAAGAGUUCAAAGUCCAGUCAGUCCCUGGCCACCAGCGAUUCCGUCGGCGUGGUGAGACGGUCGUACACACAGGAGCUACUGGACAUGGGCAUCAUGUUUGAGGAUCCGGCGGUCAGGACGCACCACCCCACCAACCCAUUUCUGCAAAGUGCCUCUGUUCCAAACGUCGCUCCCUCUAAUCUGGAAGACGUGGACAACUUGUUCAAGAGCCUGCAACUGGAGAAAGUUGUUAACAUAUACCAGCUAGGGACCAAAGACGGUGACAUCCCAGAGGCGUGGAGGAGGCCAGGGCCAGCUGAACAGCUUCAUGAUGCCGCAGGCUUGCUGGAUGAUCAUCACACUGUGGUGGUGGAGCACCUACCCCGCGGCGUCUCCCCGAGCCGCAUGAAGAACAAGCUGACCAUCUACUUCCAGCGCAAGCACAACAGUGGCGGGGAGGUUGUGGACGUGACUUAUCCCGCCACUCUUCCGGACCAAGCCUACAUCACGUUUCGCGAUCCUAGGGGUACACACGUGUGA